UGUUAGAGAAAAUAUCAGCGCUAUUCUGAUCCUCUCAAGAAUGUAACUUCUGCAAUUAUUCAAGCGGUGCGUGUUAAAGUCAAAAUAUUUAGAUAAAAACAAAAGCGUUUUCCUUGUUUUCUUAUUUUAAACACACUCGACGUGUUUUCCCGGCUUUUUGCUUUCAGGUUUCUCUGCUCUCUUUUUACGACAAAUCGUUUUUCUUAAAAUUUAUGAUAUAUUUUUUCAUCAAGAAACUACUAUUUAAAAAAGACACCGCUAAAUCUAAAUUUAAACACACUGAAGCCUGCUUGAUCUAUGUUUAAAGACAAGGGAUCGAAUAGCUCUUUAUCUUUGCUUGCAAGUUCAAUACAGUUUUAUUUUGGCGCUUUUCUUGUUUACCAAAACAAUCAAACUAGAAAGCAAUCAAAAUAUUUUUAGUCGUUUUCUGAACUUCCGUUUUGAUGUACAGAAGAUUUUUGUUUGUUUUUAUCUGAUCCGGAAACGUAACAAGACAUAGGUCAGUUGUUUUUCAGACAGAUUCGUGAGACAGCUGUAAUAUCCUUUUAAAUUUUGAUUUACUUGCUUUCACCAUUUAUUAUCUUAUCCGUCUAAUCACAGAAAAAAGUAUUAAUAACGGCAUCGGAUAGUAUUAACUGUGACCAAAUUGGUUUAAUUUUUUUUUGCCUUACUUUCAAUUUAUCGAAUACUUGAAUCAAUUAGUUAAUUUAGUUGAUCACAACCAGGAAAAUAAUCUCUAAUUUUUAGUUUCGUUAUGCUGUAAGCUCCCAAGUUUCGAGCUAUCGACUCUGGGUGCUUGUGAAGUGUGAUGCGGUAUUUUGGCUUUUCCGCUUAACUUGAAGCAUUAAGUUUGUUUGGACUAUUAUAUUAAAGAGGUCUUCAUGUUUGCUCGAAGUUUGAUCACAUUACAUAUUGUUUGUUACUCUUUAUUGUGUCAAUCAGAACCUCCAUACAUUUUAAGAGUAAGCCAACCAACCGUAAGUGGGUAUGAUGUCUACAUUUUAUAGUCUAAACUGGAAGCAGCGAACCAGUUCUAACUGGCUUUUACUUAGCCCCGCCUUAAUUUGAUUAACCAGUUACUGAAAGGUUCUCUUCCUAGAAUCGCUAAAAAGCCAGAAAUUUAUUGGAAUUUGCCUUUCAAGUGUCCAAAAAAGGAUAGAGCGGAAUUUAAAUUGUUUUCUGAUCUCUGAUUACAAGCUGUGUCAAAAAACUCAUUUGAGUUCCAAUGUAUUUUAUGGCUAUUUCGUUUACCUGAGGAGUUAAAAAUCAACAAAUCGCCCUGUCCGAAGGAAACCUGAGAAAAAAGAAGAAGAAGCCAUAUAUUGUUCAUUUUAUUGUAGCUACGCCCUGAUACCUGAUUUAAAUUGGUUCUUGUGCCAAUAUUUGUCAUCCCCUGGGAGUAUAAACGGCAGCGAACCGAACAUUGCUUGUCUAACGAUUGAAAAGCAUUCGAGAGCAGUUGGGCUACGGCUGAUUCAUGAUAAAUGCACCAUCUGAAAGAGACAUUUGUACUUUUAAAUAGCCCUGAUUCUUAUUUCCUUCGCCCACGCUAGAAAACGCAUGUUACACUUGCGAGCUGAUAUUCAGUAUCUCACGAAGUAACUAUUUUAUUUUCUCUGUUAUUUUUUACUUCUAAAAUUACUCAACAAGACCAAAUAAUUGGGGAUCAAAACUGACAUUGAAGCCAGAAGCUUUCGUGGCAAAAGUACCUGGAUAACUUGGUAAUGAUCCUGAAUGGGCGCAAAUAAAUUAAUAUGGGAAGAAUUUCUGAAAUUGAGGGCAGAAGAAGCACAGGAAAGGGAAAAGCAUUCAAAAUACUACGAACGUGCUGAAGAUGCUGCUGUUGCUUACAAAUUUAUUCUAUCAAAGCAUGCCAAAUACAGAAGACAUGGAGGAGGUGCUUUGUCACAUGGAUUCAGGUGCCGCAGUUCUUUUGGCGGAUCAUAUAUGGGAAUAUCUUGCAGUACCAUACGAGACCGGUCACAAUACAGCAGUCGCAGAGGCACGCUGCUCGAUCUGGGGAACUUCGCGUUAAAUCAUUGCUCAACAGACGACAAUGACACCGAAUUGUUGUCGGUGGGAACGGGUGACUCAGAUAACAGCCAGGGAGGACACUUUGACGACAGGAGUCUUUCGCAAUCUCCUGUGAAUCUACUGCCUCACCUAGCCAUGAGUGACCCUAAUUGUGGCAUGUUGAAGAUCCAAUACAAUCUCCACGUCAACUAUGACAUCAUCAAUAUCGGAUACACUAUUCUGCUCUCAUUUAGGAGCAGGAAAGCGGGAUCUUUUGAGGAACACAGGCCUUCUUUGGUGACAUCAUUGGACUCCGCAACUGACAUUCUAACAGCCUCAAAAUCUUAUAUAUCUGGAGGAGUGCUGGACAUUCGGCGGUACGAGUUAAUUGAAGUUUGGUUCCACUGGGGAAACGAUGAUUCAAGAGGAUCGGAACACACUGUCAACUUCAAAGCAUACCCAAUGGAGGUGCAAUUAAUCCAUUGGAACAGCGAUGAGUUCCCGACAUACGAGGAAGCACUGGGCUGUAAAGAUGGAGUUGUAAUCACAAGUAUUUUUGUACAGAUAGGCAGAGAAAACCACGGCUUCAAUUCAUUCCUGGAAUUUUUAGAAGACAUUCAUUUCAUGAUGAGAAGCAAGACGGUGAGUGAGCCGCAUUGGCUGAAUCCGAACUGCUUCUUGCCCUCUGGAGAUCUGAGGGACUACUGGUCCUACAUAGGAUCCACCACUUUUCCCCCAAUUUCAGAAGAGGUCACGUGGAUAGUGUACAGAUACCCCCUUACGAUGUCCCCAAAUCAGAUGGCACAGUUCCGAACACUACGUGCAUUCACGCGCGAAGAUCUUCCUGGCUUCACAGAGGGACAAAUGUGCGACAACUUCAGACCCUGCCAACUGUUGGGCGACCGAAUCGUCAAAUCUUCAUUUGCCUGAAUGACUUAAUCUCUGCUACUUUACCUUCUCUGCCUAAAUUAUAGUUCAAGUGCCGAAUAUGAAACACCGAAUUAACUCAUAAUUUAAAUUAUUUGUAUUUGAUCAAAGAAUAAUAGUAU